UGAUUUUCUCUUAUAUUAGCAAACACAGACAAGACAAGUUUCACAAUAAUAUAUGAAAUGUAAAUAUGUGCACACCAAGUUUUUCUUGAUUUGCGUUAACACGCUUAAGAAAGAUUGGAACCCUAGUCUUGGAUUGAGACAUGUUCUCCCUGUUGUGAGGUGCUUACUAAUCGAGCCAUUUCCAGAAUCUGCAUUAAACGAACAGGCUGGAAAGAUGCUACUUGAGAACUAUGAAGAGUACGCUAGGCAUGCUCGGCUUACACGGGUAUCCAUGCUAAACCAAAACCUAAGUUCAAAACAGGAGCUAUCUCAGAGUCAACAACGGCUCUAAAUGUUGGCCAGCCCAACAACGAGUCGCCUGCUGCAAUACCCUCUUCAGUGGCAGACAUCAAUAGAGUAAUAACAGCGACUGAACAAAUUGCUAACGUGCCUGUAGCAGCAGCAGCAGGAUCUGCAAGUGUGGCCACUACGACACAGAAAAGAGAAGCCGGUUUGGCCAAGGUUCAGGCAGACAAGAAGAAGGUAGAUGCCAGAAAGAAGAGCUUGAAGAGACUAUGAUGAUACUUCUCAAUUAGUGUCAUUUAUCUUAUCUCCAUCUCAUAAUGUUUGGAUUCUUCUGUCAUGUCAUCAUGACUCUGCCCCCUUUUUGCUCAACUCUUUUCCUAUCAAA